AUGCGUCCAUUAUCAGUUGUAUUUGUUAGUUUAGCAUUAAUAUUAACAUUUUUAAGUAUAACAACAAAUUAUUGGUUUGAAAAUGUUCAAGAUCAAUAUAAUUCUGGUUUAUUUUUUAAAUGUUCAUUAAGAAAUAAUUCAAGUUUAGAAAAAUUUUGUCAAAAAAUUUCAUAUAUUCAUUCACGUGGUUUAGCUAUAUCUGGAUUAAUAUGUUUAUUAAUAACACUUCUUAUUUUAAUAUUCUCUUGGUUUAAAUUAAGAAAUUUAUUUAUUAAUUAUAUAAUUAUCUUAUUUCUUUUAAUAACUUCAAUAUUAUUAAUAUUAACAUUUAUUUUCUAUCCAAAAGAGAAAACGAAUUUAACUUUAUCACAUUCAUCUUAUCUUAUAUGUAUUGCCAUUAUUCUUACUUUUCUAUCGACUAUUUUAACUAUUUUUGAUGCAUUAUGUAUUUCAUAA